AUGAAGACAGCUUGGUCCAUUGUUGUGUGGUUAUUGUUGUUUGUUGGUGCUGUAUUGUGUGCUGAAUAUAAAACACAUGUAUUGGUUACUACAACAUCAACCAAUAUAAAUGGAGCUGUUGCUGAAUCGGCACUACUGGGCUCUACCUUUGGUGUGUGUUUGGGUUUGAACAAUGAGAUAUAUUUUUCAAGCUCUACUUAUAAUACGGUUUGGAAAAUGGAUUCAAAUGGAACCCUUCAUCUUGUUGCAGGAACAGGUAUUGGUGGUUUUUCUGGAGAUAAUGGUCCAGCAACUUCUGCAGAGCAAAACUCUCCAAAGGGUGUUGCUAUGAACUCAGCUGGAGAAGUUUUCAUUGCUGACUUCAGUAAUCAUCGUGUUCGAAAAAUUUCAACUAGUGGUGUCAUCUCAACCAUUGCAGGAACAGGUACUGGUGGUUUUUCUGGAGAUAAUGGUCCUGCAACUUCUGCACAACUAAAUUUUCCAACUUCAGUUGCAGUGAAUUCUGCUGGAGAAGUGUUCAUUACAGACUCCAAUAACAAUCGUGUUAGAAAAGUUUCAACAGGUGGUAUCAUCUCAACCAUUGCAGGAACAGGAGCCAUUGGUUUCUCAGGUGAUAAUGGUCCAGCAACUUCUUCAAAGCUUUUCUACCCAUACUCCGUUGCAGUGAAUUCUGCUGGAGAAGUUUUCAUCGCUGACUUCAGUAAUCAUCGUGUUAGAAAAGUUUCAACAGGUGGUAUCAUCUCAACCAUUGCAGGAACAGGAACCCCUGGUUUCUCAGGUGAUAAUAUUCCAGCUACUUCUGCAAAAAUAUAUAAUCCAACUUCAGUUGCAGUGAAUUCCGUUGGAGAACUUUUCAUUACAGACUCCAAUAACAAUCGUAUUAGAAAGGUUUCAACAAGUGGAAUAAUCUCAACAAUUGCAGGAACAGGAAUCUCUGGCUUCUCAGGUGAUAAUGGUCCAGCUACUUCUGCGCAAAUAUUCAAUCCACACUCAGUUGCAGUGAAUUCGAUUGGGGAGGUUUUCUUUGCUGAUUUCAACAAUAGGAGAAUCAGAAAGAUAACAACUGAUGGAAACAUCGUUACCAUUGCAGGAAAUAGCAAUUAUGGAAGAAUUCCCAUUGAAAAUAUGUUCGUAAGCUCAUUCACAUAUGUUACAGCUCUUUCUGACGGGGGAAUGUUGUUUUCUGAUACUGCCAAUCAUAUUGUACGUAGAAUACAUGCAGACAACACAGUAACUACUGUAGCUGGAAACGUUCUGUCUGGUUUUGCUGGAGAUAAUGGUCCUGCAACUACUGCACGAUUAAACGCUCCAAGGGGUGUUGCAGUGAAUUCUGCUGGAGAAGUUUUCAUUGCUGACUUCAGUAAUCAUCGUGUUAGAAAAGUUUCAACUGAUGGAAUAAUCUCAACAAUUGCAGGAACAGGAAUUUCUGGCUUCUCAGGUGAUAAUGGUCCAGCUACUUCAGCACAAUUAUUCAAUCCAUAUUCAGUUGCAAUGAAUUCUGUUGGAGAAGUGUUCGUUGCAGACUCUAAUAACCAUCGUAUUAGAAAAGUUUCAACAAGUGGUGUUAUCUCAACAAUUGCAGGAAUAGGUGUUGCCGGUUUUGUUGGAGAUAAUGGUCCAGCAACUUCUGCAAGAUUAAACUCUCCAAGGGGAGUUGUAGUGAAUUCUGCUGGAGAAGUUUUCAUUGCUGACUACAAUAAUCAUCGUAUUAGAAAAGUUUCAACUGAUGGAAUAAUCUCAACAAUUGCAGGAACAGGUAUUGGUGGAUUUUCUGGAGAUAAUGGUCCUGCAACUUCUGCACAACUAAAUUAUCCAACGUCAGUUGCAGUGAAUUCUGCUGGAGAACUUUUCAUUGCUGAUUACAACAAUAGGAGAAUCAGAAAGGUAACAACUGAUGGAAAUAUGAUUACCAUUGCUGGAACUGGAGCUUCUGGUUCAUUGACAGACGGACAAUUAGCAACCACAGUAUCAUUCUUACCCUACUCCGUUGCGGUAACUUCCACAGGUAGUGUUCUAGUUGGAGAUUCCUCUGCUCUCGUCGAAUUGGUGUCUGGUUGUAGCGAUGGCUGGUUUGGCCAAUCCUGUGACAUCCCACAAUGUCAUGGAAUUUUGGCAAAUGAAACAUCAGUGUGCAAUAAUCAAAAUGGAACAUGUAUUCGUCCUGAUGUUUGUCAAUGUAUUGACGGGUAUAAUGGAUCAGAAUGUGAAAUUCCAAUGUGUUUUGGUGUUAAUUCAACAAGUAGUGACGUGUGCAAUUAUGGAAAUGGAACCUGUGUUUCCAAAGACAAUUGCAAGUGCAAUUCAGGAUGGACUGGAGAUGAGUGUGAAAUCGCAAUUUGUAACAGCAUCAGAGCUGAUGAGGCCAGAGUUUGUUCAAACAAACAGGGCGACUGCAUUUUACCAGAAAUUUGCAAAUGUAUGGAUGGUUGGACUGACAGCCAAUGCUCAACACCAACAUGUAACGGUACUGUACAAGGUUCGAUUGAUGUGUGCAGUGGUAGAGGUGAAUGUGUCUACGCUGAAGUUUGUAGGUGUACUAAUUCCUCUUGGAGUGGUCAAUAUUGUGAAAUUCCCAAAUGUAAUGGUACACUUGCCAAUGAAACAUCAUUUGUUUGCAAUGGCCACGGUGAUUGUGUGAAUGUAGAUGUGUGUCAAUGCGUAACCUCUUCUUGGGGAGGUCAAUUCUGUGAAAUUCCAAAAUGCAAUGGAACUCAGAGAGGUGAUUCCAAUGUUUGUAGCAGCCGUGGUGAAUGCAUUGACGCUAAUACUUGUCAGUGCACAGACAGUUCUUCGUGGGGAGGUCAAUUUUGUGAAAUUCCAAAAUGCAACGGAACUUUAGCUAGCGAUUCGAGCGUUUGUAAUGGUCAGGGCGUUUGUUUGGAUGUUGAUCAAUGUAAUUGUAAUUCAACACAUUGGGGAGGUCAAUUCUGUGAUAUUCCAAAAUGUAACGGCACCUUGGCCACCUCAGAAAAAGUGUGCGAAGGAAAGGGUGUUUGUGUUGAACCUGAUGUUUGUCAGUGCUCCAACUCAUCAAUUUGGGGAGGUAGAUAUUGUUCCAUUCCAAAAUGUAAUGGAACUCUCCAGGGAGAAAUCAAUGUAUGCAACAAUCGUGGUGACUGUAUCGAUGUAAAUGUCUGUGUUUGUUCAGACGCAUCUUCUUGGGGUGGACAAUUCUGUGACAAAUCAAAAUGUAAUGGCACACUUCAAGAUGAAUCAAAUGUCUGUACUGGUAAUGGUAUUUGUGUUGAUGUGAAUACUUGUGUUUGUAACUCAACUCAUUGGGGAGGUCAGUUCUGUGAUAUUCCAAAAUGUAACGGAACUCUUGCUAAUGAGACCUCCAUUGUUUGUAAUGGUCGUGGCCAAUGUAAUGCUCCUGAUUCGUGUAUUUGUAACGAUGACUCAUUGUGGACAGGAAGUGAUUGUCAAGUUCCAAAAUGCUAUGGAAAAACUCAAGGUCAAAAAGACGUAUGCAAUAAUGGUAAAGGUGAAUGCACGUCUCCAAAUAAUUGUGUUUGCCAGGAUGGAUAUACAGGAGUAGAGUGUGAAAUUCCAAUAUGUUUUGGUAUCCUGUCGAAUGAUUCAUCAGUUUGUAAUUACAUGAAUGGUACCUGUGACGCUCCAAACAACUGCUCAUGUUCGGAGGGAUGGGUUGGUGAACAAUGCCAAGUCGCCGUUUGUUUUGGAAUUAACUCUACCGAACCUAAUGUUUGCAGUGGUAAGGGUUCAUGUACUGGACCAGACACAUGCUUAUGUGUCACCAACUACAAUGGAAAAGAGUGUCAUUUGACAACGUGUUUUGGUGUUCAAUCUGAUAGUGUAUCUGUUUGUUAUGAACAUGGGCAGUGUAUCGAUUACAACACGUGUAACUGCACCAAUGGUUAUGCACCUUCAACCACAUGUCAAUUCCCAAUCUGUUUUGGAAAACUUGCCAAUGACAGUACCGUGUGUAAUAAUUUAAGAGGAGAUUGUAUUGCACCUGAUUAUUGCUCUCCUCGUGAUGCCACAUGUUUUGGUAAGGCUAAAAACGAUACCCUUAACGUUUGUUCUGGAAAUGGAGCUUGCAUUGAUUGGGAUGUUUGCUCAUGUAAAACAGGAUUCUAUGGAGACAAGUGUCAAGAUUGGAAAUGUUAUGGCAAAAACCAUACUGACACCAAUAAUGUUUGCAGUUCAAAUGGCAAAUGUCAGUCAUUGAAUAAUUGUGUUUGUACUUCUGGAUGGUUUGGAAAUGAAUGCAAUGUACCAAUGUGUGAAGGAAAACUUGCCAAUUCUUCUGAUGUCUGUAAUUAUAAGAAUGGUACAUGUGCCAAACCAGGUCCUUGUUCAUGCUUUGAGGGAUGGACAGGAAAUAGUUGUGAGACACCAAUUUGUUUCUAUAUUGUUGCAGGAAGCAAUGCAUGUAGUGGUAGAGGUUCAUGCAUCAGGAACAAUACUUGUCAAUGUGAUGCUUCCAAAUAUGAUGGUGAAAAAUGUCAAUAUUACAAAUGUUUUGGUAUUUCAUCAAGUGAUACCAAUAAUGUCUGCAGUGGAAAUGGAACAUGUGAGGGUGUAGAUUUGUGUAAUUGCAAAUCUGGAUAUGGAGAUGCAAAAUGUGAUGCCUUCUUUUGCAAUGGCACCUUAUCAACAAAUCCAUCUGUAUGCAGUGGUCAUGGAAAAUGUACAGGUAUCAAUUCCUGCUCUUGUGACAGUGGUUACUUUGGUAAUAAUUGUGAAAACACCUAUUGCCAUGGAAUCCAAUCAACAAGUGAUGCUGUUUGUAGCUACAAGAAUGGUACAUGCACAGCAUUCAAUACUUGCAAAUGCUCUCAAUUCUAUGUUGGAUCUAAUUGUGAGAUACCUGUUUGUUUCCAAGUUCCUGCCAAUGAUACCAAUAAUGUGUGCAGUGGAAGAGGAGUCUGUACAAUCCCUGAUCAAUGUACUUGCCACGAACCAACAAAAUAUGGAGGAUUUAGCUGUUCUCAACCUCUCUGUUUUGGUAUCUUAUCAACCAAUACAAGCAGUGUUUGCAGUGGAAAGGGGCAAUGUUCAAGCGUUGACAAGUGUGGCUGUCAUGCUGGAUUUAUGGGUGAUCAAUGUCAACUUGUCCAUGUUCCUGCCACCAAUCUUCAACUCACAUUCAACAGUUCAAAAGAUUACGUGAAUGAAGCCUCAACGCUUGUCAAGCUCACAAUUAAUCAAGCAUCGUUUGUGCAAUACUACUCAAACAGACAAGUACGAGUUAAAUUCGAUUUUGAACAAAACGGUCAAAUCAUCUCAUCCCUCAACAAGGACAUUUCUUCAGGUGUGACCACUCUGGAAUUCCUGAUUCCAGCAUUUUCUACAAAUGGUACUGUGAGAUCUUUUGCAGUGUUGUCAGAUGUUAGCACUGCAUUAAUUAUUUCAGAUAGAGUUCAAUCCUCUUCACUUCUCUCCAUUGAGAAGAGACCUGUUGUGUCCAAUGAGAGAAAAUCUAAUGGUUCAGAUCAGACUGUUGCAAUUGCCGUAGGUAUCACUGUUCCACUGGUUGCUCUAGGUGCUAUUGGAGCUUUCUCUGCUGUUGCGACCGCUGUGGUCCUAUUGAAGAAGAAGGCUUCUGAAACUUCUGCUGCUAAGCAGAUUACUGAGGCAUCUCACUUGGAUGUGGAAUUGGCUAAUGGUUGCUAA